CUCUCGGAGGAGAUAUACCAUGUUUGCAGUCGCGUGCUUAUUGACAUACAUUGGGUCUUGUUUGAUGUUGUAUGUAAUUCUUUACGCAUAUUAUACAUGUUUUCGUGUUUACAGAUGUAAUUUCUCACGAGUCCUUAUUGUUACUGCUCAUCCAGACGAUGAGUGUAUGUUUUUUGGACCAACGAUUAACCACUUUCUUGGACAGCAAGCAAAAUGCCGGUUAUUGUGUUUAUCGUCAGGCAAUUUCUAUAGCAUGGGAGAAGUCAGGAAAAAAGAAUUGAUAAACAGCUGCAACAUACUUGGCUUAGAGAAAUCAGCAAUAACCAUCAUUGAAGAUAACAAUCUAGAUGAUGAUCCAAAUAUAGAGUGGCAUACCAAUCUGAUUAAAGAGUAUGUUAAGAAGCAAGUGCACAAUUACUCUAUUGACAAAAUUGUUACUUUUGAUGCUUAUGGUGUGAGUGGCCAUAGGAAUCAUGCAUCAGUUUUCCAGGCCAUAAGAUUACUAAAGAAUUCUGAUGAGAUAAGUAAAGAUAUAGAAAUUCUAGUGCUUGAAAGUAAAAGCUGUUUAACAAAAUACCUGUCCAUCUUCAGCUUACCUUUUGUAUUACUAAACCACCUGGUUACCAACAGUCAACUGUAUAUAUCAAGUCCGUUUGAAGUAUUACGUACACAGAGAGCAAUGUUGAAGCACUGGAGCCAGUUGAUGUGGUUUAGAGUUUUGUAUAUAUGUCUAUCGCAAUAUAUGAUUAUGAAUAGUGUUCAUGUUUUUGAACAAUGACUUGUGAAGUGGUUUGAAUCUGCAUAUGACCCAUUCAAAUAAUGUUAAUGUAAGUCUUACGUAGUACAUGAUACAAAAGACUUGGCACAAGUCUCUAAUUUAUUGAUUUUUCGUAGUAUUAGCACAUUUUGGAAAGCGCCACCAGCAUCAGUUUAUGUCGAGAAAUUUUUUUGAUGCGAAUUAGAAAAUCCAAGAAAAAGUUAUAUAUAGUUUUAUAUUCUACACUAGAUUAAUAUAUACAUGGUAUUAAUAAGCAGGAGAGAAUUUCUUUCUUAUAAUAGUUGGUGCUAUAUUUUUUAUUGUAUACGCAUAUAUGUAGUUGCAAAAUACUAAUAUUUUUGGUUAAAAUUUAGCCUUCAGCAAAUAAUCUAUAUGGUUUAUAGUGGAACUAACUCAUCUAUUACCGAACACGCCUUCAACUGGGAUGAACUCCACUUUCCGUACCAACUUGUCGCCACUUCCAAUAGUCGCUUUUAAAAUGGGAAGGCUCGGCUAUGGGAACAUCAGCUUAAGAGUCUUCACGGAACACUCAAAGUUCUUCAGAUGUGGAUUCUGCAGCCUCUGCAGCCUCUUCCUGUAACAGGGAUUGUAUGCAACCUUAUCCUUGGUGGUUGUUAUCUGCACUGCACGAGCCAAUUGAAUGCAGCAUCUCUGGUGCCUCUGCAGCCAUCAUGGCAAGUUGAGAAAUUGUGGACUUGAGCAUCUUGGACCUGAUUCACUGCUUCUUCUCGUUGACACUUUUUAUCAACAGUAGUCUUGUCGAUACGCCACAAGUCUUUAUACUGUGCUUGUGGCAGGCUACAUUAUAGAAGUAGUAGUACUGUAGUGUCUGUCUACCUGGUAGCUCUAUCUACAAGAAGAUUACACGCCAGCCUAAUCUGCAUACCACAUACCCGCGUAGACAUUCACAUGCUUCUCUUCCAUAGACUGCUUGAUGUCGUGUUGGCUCUCCAUUUCCAUAUCCAAUACCUAAUCUCUGACCAAGGUUCUACUUCCGGAUGUUCCUCAAUUCUAUUCAAAAUAUUGAUCUCUGAUCGUCCUUGAAUUUCUUUCCAUCUUCUAUGGUGACUUUACCAGAUUUAGGCAAAAUGCCAGUGUUUAUUGCAUGCUAUUUAAUCUCGACAUCUUCCAGUGUAAGCUGAUAACACCAAGAAGAAGUCUAUGUUGCCAAUUUUACUGCCAUAGAAAGAUACUUUUUUUUCCUACAUGAACAAACUAUAUAUCGUCAGUAGGUCUAUAAAGAUAUUGAACUUAAUUUUUUUCUCCAGUGACUCAUCACUAAUGAUAAAUUCUGAUUCACCAUUUGAUUCCAUAUUAAAAUAUAUAAAUAAAUGGCAGGCUUACUCGCUAGUGUAUUUUUAGUAGUUCAGUAUUAAAUUUGCCUAACCAACAAAUGGUCAUUAGCAUCAUUCCUUGACCAUUUUCAUUUUGAGCAUGGAGGUACAUCCAUAUUUAAAUGUGAAUGCGUAUCUCAAGAACAGUAAUCAAUGAAUUGUUCUGUGUUUAACAAUGCAGGUAUUAUAGCAGGGCCGUUGGAACGGCACUGGCCGCACCGACUAUGGCCGUACCACUACUUCUCAAUUACAUUACUUUUUGAAAUAAAUAUAUAAUGAUAAUUAUGAAUUAUAUGAAUGUACACAUCGCAUUGACUUUUUAAUGUUAUAUAGUUAAAUAAAAAUCCACCAUGCGCUUGUGUUUUUGUAUUGCCAAUGUACAUUACAACUUGUUUUAACAUUCCUUAACUUUUAGUAAUAAAGAUAAAGAUUGAUGUUGAAAA